AUGGGCCUGUCGAUGCUGCCGGACGAGCUGCUGCUGUCGCUGUCGGACCAGUGGCCGUGCCGAGAUGCUCAAGUGAAGCAGCUGGCGGCGCUGCUGUCGCCAACACUUCCAAGCCCUUCCACACUGGUGGUGUACGGUCCUCGCGCGAGCGGCAAGAGUGGAAUGGUCAAGUCGUAUCUGGAGAAGAGUGGUCUGGAUCAUGCGGUGGUUCGAUGUCGGGAAUGUGUCACGGGACGCCACUUGCUGGAGAAGAUCGUCAGUGAGGUGUUCGAUGCCUUGCAUUCUCAGCAUGUGAACGGCGAUGUGGAAGCGCCGCCGGGACGAUGCGAGAACCUCAGCUCAUUGUCUGUGCACCUGCAGAGGCUGCUCGAGAGACGACAAAAGUUUGUGCUCGUUCUCGACGGCGUGGAUAAGCAACGAGAAGCCCCACCGACUCUGCUACCGGCGUUGGCACGCUUGGGUGAGGCGAUACCUCAACUCACUGUAAUACUCACUGUGCGGAAUCCACCACCUCGAUUUCUUCAUCAUGUCGGCGUACCGCAUCUUCACUUUCCACCAUACGGACGAACUCAGUCAAUUCACAUUGUGUCUCGCAAGCCUCCAGACAUCUUCCUGGAAGCUCCUCCCGACGAUAUGGACUACGAUGACGAGACGCACGAAGAGGAUAAAGCAUGGCUAUGGCCACGGUUCUGCGCCGCUGUGUGGGAUUCACUGGCUCAAAAUGCAGCUCGGGAUCUCGCGGCGUUUCAAGAAGCAUGCCACAGGCUGUGGAGACCAUUCGUUGCCCCUGUCAUUAAGGGUGAUUUUGGUACGCGGGACUUCAGCCGCUUGGUGGUUGCGCAGAGACGGUUAUUUCAGGACGAGAGUGUUCUGCUUGACUCUAUUAUAACAACGACGAACGGCGCUGCCGUGCUCUCGAAGAGCAAGACUCACGAGUUGCCUUACUAUGCCAAAUGGCUGCUAGUCGCUGCGUACCUGGCGUCGUUCAAUCCCACCAAGCUUGACGCACUCUACUUCAUGAAAAGUACGGAGAAGAAGCGUCGCAAGAAAGGAGGCGGGGUUGCCCGUUCUGGGGGUAGACCAAGCCAGGUCAGGAAGAUUCCUCGACACCUGCUAGCGGCAUCAGCAUUUACACUCGAUCGUCUGCUUGCAAUCAUGCAUGCGAUCCUGCCUGAUGACAUUCGAACGACGAUCGACAUUUACAAACAGAUAGCGACGCUGUCCAGUCUUCGUCUACUUGUCCGCGCUGGAGGUAUCGGCGGCAGCGAUCCUCUCGAGCCAGGAGGAAAGUGGAGAGUCGGACCAAUGGUGACUUGGGAGCAUGUUCAGAGCAUUGCGAGGAGCAUCGACUUCAACUUGACGGACUACGUUGCCGAGUGA